UAAAGGCUGAUUUCCGUUUGGCAUGUGCAGUUGGGCAUGGCCAGUGCACUAGAAACUUUGUGUGGGCAAGCAUAUGGAGCAGGGCAAUACCAUAUGUUAGGCAUCUACCUUCAAAGAUCAUGGAUUGUUCUGUUCAUUUGUUCGCUAUUUCUUCUUCCUGUCUUCAUCUUCACAACUCCGAUUCUAAGGCUAUUAGGCCAAGACGACCACAUUGCGGAGAUGGCGGGGAUGAUAGCACGGUGGUUAAUACCUGUGAUGUUUUCGUUUAUCAUAUCAUUUACCUGCCAAAUGUAUUUGUCUGCACAGAGCAAAAACAUGCUCAUUGCAUACUUGGCAGCAGCUGCGCUUGCAAUCCACCUCUUCCUGUCAUGGCUUUUGACAGUGAAGUACAAAUGGGGACUUUCUGGUGCAAUGAUAUCAACAAUCUUAGCGUUUUGGAUUCCAAAUUUGGGUCAGUUUAUGUUUGUUACCUGUGGAGGCUGUCCUGAAACAUGGCAUGGUUUUUCUCCUCUCGCUUUCAAGGAUCUAUGGCCAGUCAUCAAGCUCUCACUGUCAUCUGGUGUGAUGCUCUGUCUCGAGCUUUGGUACAACACAGUCUUGGUUCUUUUAACUGGGAACAUGAAAAAUGCUGAAGUCGCCAUUGAUGCUCUUGCUAUCUGCAUCAAUAUCAAUGGGUGGGAGAUGAUGAUAUCUCUUGGUUUCUUGGCUGCAACAAGUGUGCGGGUGUCGAAUGAACUUGGAAGAGGGAGUUCAAAAGCUGCAAAAUUUUCAAUUGUGGUAGCUGUGCUUACGUCGCUCUCCAUUGGACUUGUUCUGUUCGUGCUGUUUCUGUUUCUUCGGGGGAGACUGGCUUAUAUAUUUACAGAGAGUCUUGAGGUGGCCCAAGCAGUCGGCGAUCUUUCACCUCUGUUAGCUUGCUCUAUACUUCUGAACAGUGUUCAACCAGUCCUCUCAGGGGUUGCUAUUGGUUCUGGCUGGCAGAGCGUUGUAGCUUAUGUAAACUUAGCAUGCUAUUACUUGGUAGGAAUUCCUAUUGGAGCUAUGCUUGGAUAUCUUAUUCAUUUCCAAGUCAAAGGGAUUUGGAUGGGAAUGUUACUUGGGACACUUGUUCAAACUAUUGUACUUGUUUUCAUCACCUGGAGAACUGACUGGGAUAAGCAG